CUCCCCCAACUCGAUUCAUCGUCUCCUGGUCUCUCCUCUGUUGCUUUCGCUUCGAUUUGUUUUCUAGGGUUCCUUUCGUUCUUCUUCUCGAUUGUCGAAGGAGGUCUUGGGAUUGGGUGGCUGUGGCUCUGGUGAACCAUGUCGUACGCUUACCUCUUCAAGUACAUCAUCAUCGGCGACACAGGAGUGGGGAAAUCAUGUCUCCUUUUGCAGUUUACUGACAAACGCUUCCAACCUGUGCAUGACUUGACUAUCGGUGUUGAAUUUGGAGCUAGAAUGAUUACUCUUGACAGCAAGCCCAUUAAGUUGCAGAUAUGGGAUACAGCUGGCCAGGAAUCUUUUAGAUCAAUUACGAGAUCCUAUUAUAGAGGUGCUGCUGGUGCGCUUCUUGUGUAUGACAUCACCAGGAGGGAGACAUUCAAUCAUCUUGCUAGUUGGCUGGAAGAUGCAAGGCAGCACACCAAUCCUAAUAUGACAAUUAUGCUGAUCGGCAACAAGUGUGACUUGGCUCACAGAAGAGCUGUGAGCACUGAGGAAGGCGAACAGUUUGCCAAAGAGCAUGGAUUGAUCUUCAUGGAGGCGUCCGCCAAGACAGCGCAGAAUGUUGAGGAGGCUUUCACUAGAACUGCUGCAACGAUAUACAAGAAAAUUCAGGAUGGUGUCUUUGAUGUAUCAAAUGAGUCUAAUGGAAUCAAAGUUGGAUAUGGAGGAAUUCCUGGGCCGUCAGGUGGAAGGGACGGCUCCUCUUCACAAGCUGGUGGCUGCUGUAGUUGAUCUCCUCCUCCUCCUCGUCCUCCUCCUCCUAAUAAUGUUGUUCGUGCUAUUAAAUGUUUCUUCCUGUGUCCGUCCAUGCGGUGUACGGUAAAUGUUGUACAAUCCUUCUGUAUCAUUAACUGGUGCGUCGUGUACGUCCUUUAAUUGUUUGGAGUUCGAUUUCUUUGGAUUUGUUGUAGUCGAUGAGAUUCUUGCA